GAGCUGCAUGGAACUGCUUGUGUGCACCUUCACCUAGGCGUCAAACCUUCUGCUGGCCACUUCUGGGGUGAAGUGUAGCCUGCGAUGCCAGGAGAGGCAGGAAGCCUGCAUUAGCCCCUCCUGCUGUGCCACUGACCAGUAACCACUGGAGGGAACCUAGAAACAAGAGCAAAGCUGAGGUCUUAACUACGAUAAAGGAUGGACACCAAAGAAGCUGUGUUGGGGACAAAAACAAAGCAAAAUAAGCAACAUGAACCGUGAAGACCGGAAUGUGCUGCGUAUGAAAGAAAGGGAAAGGCGAAAUCAAGAAAUUCAACAGGGCGAAGAAGUCUUUCCACCUAACUCUCCUCUCUUUGCUGAACCAUAUAAAGUUACCAGCAAAGAAGAUAAACUCUCUAACCGUAUUCAGAGCAUGCUUGGAAAUUAUGAUGAAAUGAAGGAUCUUAUAGGCGACAGAUCUCUACAAAAGCUUGUUGGUAUUCCCAAACCAACAGUACCAUCAACGCCAGAUGAAAAAUCAAACCAAAGUUUCUUUGGUGAACAGAGACACAGUACCAGCUCUCAUCAGAGCAGCAAAUGGACUCCUGUAGGGCCAGCACCUAGCACUUCCUCCCAAUCACAGAAACGGUCCUCAGGUUUACAAACGGGACACAGUAGUCAGCGGAGCAGUGGCAAUAACACUAGCAACAGUGGCCAGAGGCAUGACCGUGACUCAUAUGGUGGUAGCAGCAGCAGCCGCAAAAAAAGCCAGCACGGAUCAGAACACUCCAAAUCUCGUUCUUCCAGCCCUGGAAAACCAUCUGCUGUUUCUUCGUUGAGCUCCAGCCAUUCUCGGUCUCAUGGAAGUGAUCAUCAUAGCAAAGAACAUCAGCGUUCAAAGUCUCCACGGGAUCCUGAUGCAAACUGGGACUCACCUUCCCGUGUACCUUCAUUUUCAAGUGGACAACACUCUAACCAGUCUUUUCCUCCUUCAUUAAUGUCCAAGUCCAAUUCAAUGUUGCAGAAGCCCACUGCCUAUGUAAGGCCCAUGGAUGGACAGGAGUCCAUGGAACCAAAGUUGUCCUCUGAACACUACAGUAGUCAAACGCAUAGCAACAGCAUGAGUGAGCUGAAGCCUAGCAGCAAAGCACAUCUAACCAAGCUCAAAAUACCUUCUCAGCCAUUAGACGCAUCAGCAUCUGGUGAUGUGACCUGUGUGGAUGAAAUUCUAAAAGAGAUGACCCACUCUUGGCCUCCCCCUCUGACUGCUAUUCAUACACCAUGCAAAACAGAACCUUCAAAAUUUCCUUUUCCAACUAAGGAGUCUCAACAGUCCACUUUUGGCACUGGAGAGCAGAAAAGAUACAAUCCUCAAUCAAAAACGUCCAAUGGUCAUCAAUCCAAAUCAUGUGAAUCAAACCAAACAGAUAUGUUAAAAGAUGACCUAAAACUCAGCAGCAGUGAAGACAGUGAAGGUGAACAGGAUUCUGAUAAGAUCGUGCCAAGGAGCACACCUGGAAGUAAUUCUGAACCAUCCCAGCAUAAUAGUGAAGGAGCAGAUAAUUCCAGGGAUGACUCAAGCAGCCAUAGUGGAUCUGAAAGUAGUUCUGGAUCUGAUUCUGAAAGUGAAAGUAGUUCCAGUGACAGUGAGGCUAAUGAGCCAUCCCAGUGUGCCUCUCCAGAGCCUGAGCCACCAUCAACGAACAAAUGGCAGCUUGACAACUGGUUGAACAAAGUGAAUCCACAUAAAGUGUCACCAGCUUCUUCUGUGGACAGUAAUAUCCCAUCUUCACAAGGUUACAAAAAAGAUGGCCGAGAUCAGAGCACUGGGAAUGGGUAUACAGAUCAAAGUGGAUCUAAGGAAUCUAUUUCCUCCAUUCCAGGGCGAGAUUCCAAAACUACCCAAAAAGGAUCGGAGAGCAGUCGUGGCAGGCAGAAGUCACCUGCACAGGGUGAUAGCACAGUACAGAGGAGGACAGUUGGUAAAAAGCAGCCCAAAAAGGCAGACAAGGCAGCUGUUGAAGAGCCAAGAGGAGGGCUGAAAAUAGAAAGCGAAACACCAGUGGACAUGCCAACAAAUAUGCCCUCAAAUAGGCAUAAAGCAGCCACAAAGGGCUCUAGAAAACCCAACAUAAAGAAGGAGCCCAAAUCAUCCCCUCGUCCUUCAGCAGAAAAAAAGAAAUAUAAGGCUUCAAGCAAACCUUCCCAGAAAUCCAGGGAAUUCAUAGAAACUGAUACCUCAUCCUCUGAUUCUGAUGAAAAUGAGAGCCUGCCUCCUUCAUCACAAACCCCCAAAUACUCUGAGAGCAAUAGGACUCCUGUUAAAUCUUCCAUGGAGGAGGAUGACAGCUUUUUUCGGCAAAGAAUGUUCUCUCCUAUGGAAGAGAAGGAACUUCUUUCACCACUAAGUGAUCCAGAUGAACGGUACCCACUUAUUGUGAAGAUUGACCUGAGCCUCUUAUCAAGAAUACCAGGGAAGCCUUACAAGGACAUAGACCCACCCAAAGCAGAGAAGAAAAGUGCACCAGAGAAGCAUACAAGAGAGUCCCAAAAACCAGCGUCAGACAAAAAUUCCACCAAGGGCAAAAGGAAGCAUAAGAAUGAUGAUGAAAACAGAGCUGGUGAAACCAAGAAAACUAAACUGGAAGACAAGUCUUCAUCAGGCCACAAGACUUCCAGCAACAGAGAGUCUUCAAAACUAAGUGCAGGUAAAGAGAAGGAUCUGCUCCCUUCUCCUGUAGCCCCAGUCCUUCAGAAAGAUCCCAAGCAAGAACAUGGGUCCCGGAAGAGAACAGUCAGUCAAUCUUCUUCCUUAAAAUCAAGCAGCAACAGUAAUAAGGAGAGUAGCAGCAGCAGUAAAAGUAACUCCUCUUCCAAACAAAAAAAGACAGAAGGGAAGUCUUCUAGCAGUGCCAAGGAAAUCAAGGAAAAAGUUCUAAACAGUUCAUCAAACUGUCCUCCUGCAUCCACCCCAGCUACUGAAAGCUCGAAGUCCAGAAGAGCAAAACUUGUUUUUGAUGACAGGACACAUUCAGCUGAUCAUUAUUUACAAGAAGCGAAGAAGUUAAAGCACAAUGCAGAUGCAUUAUCUGACAGAUUUGAGAAAGCUGUUUACUACCUUGAUGCUGUAGUGUCUUUCAUCGAAUGUGGGAAUGCAUUGGAGAAAAAUGCUCAGGAAUCCAAGUCCCCGUUCCCUAUGUAUUCAGAAACUGUGGAAUUAAUCAAAUACACUAUGAAACUGAAAAAUUACUUGGCACCAGAUGCUACAGCUGCAGAUAAAAGGCUAGCGGUGCUUUGUCUUCGAUGCCAGUCCCUGUUAUAUCUAAGGCUUUUCAAGCUGAAGAAGGAGAGUGCAUUGAAAUAUUCUAAAACACUGACAGAACAUCUAAAGAAUUCCUAUAAUAACUCUCAAGCACCAUCACCUGGCAUGGGAAGCAAGCCUGUUGGUAUGCCAUCUCCAGUCUCUCCGAAGCUGUCUCCAGGAAAUUCAGGGAAUUACUCUUCGGGGGCAUCGAACUCUUCAGGGAGCAGUUCUUCUGUAACUAUCCCACAGAGAAUCCACCAGAUGGCAGCCAGCUAUGUCCAGGUUACAUCCAAUUUCCUCUAUGCCACUGAAAUUUGGGACCAAGCUGAACAGCUUUCUAAAGAGCAAAGAGAGUUCUUUGCUGAACUGGAUAAAGUUAUGGGCCCUCUGAUUUUUAAUUCAAGCAUCAUGACAGACCUAGUACGUUACACCCGACAGGGAUUACACUGGUUGCGUCUGGAUGCUAAGUGAUAUCUUGAACUGAAGGAAUCAAAAGUAGAACACACUUUUCUUGCUGCCUCUGAUUUUUCUCCACAACACUGUGUCAUGUCAAUAAGGAAGACUGCCAUAACACAUUGCAUAGUUGACACUAAAAGCAAGGAAUGCUUUCACUUCUCCCAUCCUUCUUUGUAUGUUUAACCCCAAACCAUAUCAUGUUAACAGACUUCUUCAGUAUUCUCCUUUUUAAGUUAUUUAAAUAUUUUAAAAGAUUUUGCUUCAUUGCUCUGUAGUGAGAUUGGAAUUCCAGUCAAUAAUACAUACCUAAUCAGUUUUAAAGCUUAUUUAUUUUCAUUUGUUUUUAAAAAUUUUUACGAAACCCAGCUAUGGGUCCUUUUAAGACUUAGCUAUUUCUUCCUAUAAACUUACCCUAUCAAGUACUUAGCAGAGAUUAAAUGUAGACACUUUAUUUAAGUACUGCGUGAGCUUGUUACUCUGUAAUGUCUUGUGGUGGUAGAGCUUGUUAAAGAAAAUAAGGGUUGAUAGGUUCUAAAAUCUAGGAACACCAUGCUUUUCAUGUCUAAUGCCUACGACUCAAAUCUUAAAUAACUACAGUUUUAUUAUUGCAGAAUUUGUACUAAAUUAAGAAAAGUUCCAGAGAUAUUCUUCUACACAUUAAGAUAUUUCAUUUAAAUGAAAAUAUAAGAGAUGUAUAUGGAAAGAUAUUUAGUUAUGUCUAACUUGGGUUGUUUUUUCAAGAUUAUUUCAGAACACUUGGUUAACACUAUAGCAAUCACAAAACAUUACAGUAAACUUGCAUUUAAUGCAAUAUUGAAGUAAUGGAGUGAGAAUGAGCUUCAGCCUCUGAUAGGUGCAUACUGGAAAUGUUUCAUAAUUGGACAAUCUUGUGCUUUUUUAAUAUCUCCAUUUAAAACCGGUCUCCUUGCUUGUAAUUAUUUGACAAUGAAGCAGCCAAGUUAACAAUUGAAAGAACCAGUAAAUAAUUACUACUAGAACUGUCUGUAUUAUUUCCAUUGACUGACUGGGAAACCAAAAAUCAUAAUAAGUGUUAAGAUCCAUUUUUCCUUUUUGGGUCUGCUAAUAGAUGGACAUAAUCAUGCCAUAAUGGCUAUUGUGGGGUGCAGAGCUCAUCUUUCACAGGGACAUUGUGAAACUGUUCUGAUGUAGAAUUUAUUUAAAAUUUCUGUUUGCCUCCAAGUUAAUAGAGGCUCUUGUUAAUGUCAGCUGUUUCUGAGGGGAGCAGAAUAUUCACUUUAGAAGUAUGAUGGUGCAACAAGAAUCCUGCAUGGAGUUCCAAGUGGCUGCUUUUAAAAGUUGUAAUCCAAAGUACCUUUCCACAAAAGGUUAUUGUCUAGGUAAAAGAUUAAAAAUUAUACUCCUUUCAAUAUUGCUUAGUGUCCCUAUCAUGUCUGGUGUGCCUUAUGCCUUACUUUUAGAUGAAGAUUUUAUGAAUUGUUUACAAGGUGAAGUUUUACAGCAGGACCAUAUAUACUGUAUGGAGUUGGUCUUCUGCAGUACUUUUGGUAAAAUUCCAUUUCUUUUCAACAGUCCUAGUGUAUGUCAUAGAAACUUUACUUCCUGUUACAGUGGUCUCCUUUUACAGAGUCAAACUCUGAACCCAUUAGAGUGGUAUUGUGAAGUGCUGCUUUGUUUUUAUUUCCCAUUGUCCCUUUAUCUUCUACCAGAUGUGAACAUGCAUGUUCAGGAAAAUUAUUGCACUAAAUUUGUGUGUAGUUGUAGUCAAGUGCCAAAAUGAUGGCAAUCUGAAAAGAAGGAAUAGAAUUCUAUGCUACUUAGUACUGCAGUAUGUCCUAUGGGCUUUAAAAGUUAAGAAGUUUUGCAAAUUAGUAACUUCACUGAACUGUAGCUGCAUAUUCAUAGAGCUUCCUUUUUGUGUUCCAACAUUAUUUGUACUUCCAGAAAAGCUUUGCUGCAGACAUAUGGAGACAGUUAACCAACUUAUGACUUUUCCCAUUAUACUUCAGCUUACAUUCACUGUUAGAGAUGGAACUUUCUCUACUCUCAAACUCUGCAUCUUGGUUAAUGGGACACUGUCAACUAUUUUUCCUUUGUAAUACUCUAAAGUGCCUAGCACACUUUUGACGCUAUAUAAAAAUACUUUCUUAGAAGCUGCAUUGUGAUUUUGUUUUUUGUAUAGUGCUGCAGUAGCCAGCAUGGCUGUUUCUAGCUUGCUCCAUUAUGAACCAUUACCAUUGCUGUAAGCAGAAAUAGUCUCAUCUCUGGGAAUAUUGUUUUUUUUCCUUAACCCAAGUCUCACCAGUAUCAUUGAGUGGUACAUUUUUAAGAGACCAGUUUGGUGUGUGUUCUUUAUAUCCAAUGGAUUUUAAAUAUUUGUCUAAAAAAUCCAGAAGACUUUUUAAAAUCUGUCAAAAUGGGGACCCCAAUGAGCUAAACAGUAUACGUUCUGGUGAAAUGCCUUCUGGAGUAUUGUCCCAGGUUUUCUAUAUACGCGAGACAUAUGCAAUGAUCUUGUUAAAAAACAAAAGCUCCCUUAUCUUUGGCCAUUUCAAAUGGAUUAAACUCAGUUUGACAAUUCCAAAAGCAUGUCUAUCUUGGGGAUUACCUAUUGCUUCAGUGAGAGAAUUUUAUUUUGCCAGAUACAGAAGUUAAAACACAAUGCAAAUAAUUCAUAAACUUCCAUCUCUCUGCCAAAAUGCAGGCUAACAAAUCUGUCCUUUUUAAUCUUUAAUCAUCAAUAUGUAAAAUUCAUAUCACUUGAGCGCUAUUGCAACAUGCUCUAGUGUCUUGCCAUGAAGGAAUCCUUAACCCCUGGUACUAAGGGUUCCUUAGAUGAUUAUAUAUUUACACAUAUCAGUGUUGAAGUUUUAUUCAUCCCUUUAUGUCCCCCCAGUGGUGAACCCUUUUUUAAAAAAAGGCUUAAUCAGACUAGGCUUGCUCAGACAAAUUAUUUUGAAUUUGCUGUCAAAUUUUCAGGUUCAGAAAUGACAAGUUGCAUCAUUUAUAAUUGUUAAUGAGCCUUUAGGACAUCAGAACAAAGUAGCCCAUGAUUUAUUUUGAUUUGAAAUUAUUAGCCGUAAAACAGAGCGCAUUGGAUGGCUCUCUUCUCGUCUUUUGACGGCAGUAUGCAAUUUAUAUUGUGUGUGUGUGUGUGUGUGUGUCUAUAUAUAUAUAGAUAUAUAAAUGAACGCAGUCUGUCCAAAGUAUAUGUUAUACUUGUUUUUAGAUUAUAGUGCAACUGACUAUAUUGAUAUAUUAUUUAUUAAACUGAGUGCUGAAUCACCAUCUUACUGGUGAUGAAUCUUGAUAUUCUACAGGAGUGCAAUGUAUAUUCUUUAUAUUGCUGAGGUUUGAUUGCUGUGAUUUAAAAAAAAAAAAAACCUAACGUAUUUAUGAAUGACCCCAACAUAUAGAGAGUCAGUACUUUAUGAAUAUAAUUUCAUACUUGCCUGGGGCAAGUGAAAUAAAGCCUUAGGCAUUGACUGAGUAGUUUGCCAAACUAGUAGAAGGAGACUACCUUUGCUUUAUUUAAUAUUUUGUUUACCUAGCGGAAAAAUUUACUGUCAUUGAUAGCAGUGCUUAUAUUAAAACAGUUACAAAAGGGCCUGAGCAAGUCAAGUUUGAAUUAAUUUUCCCAUUGGGGAGUAAGUAAUUUCCAAAUAAUUGAUAUUAGCGUUCUAGCAAAUACUUCAUAAAUAUUUUGGUCAAGGAUUGAAUUACUUUAGAUCUAGUCAAUCAGUAUUAUAGAAAGCUGUAUAUUUCCAAAAACACAAUUACAUUAGCUAUCUUUAAAUAAAGAGUAGCCAAAGGUUUUGCUAGCCAACUCUGUUAAACACAGACUAUUGUAAGGAGAUUCUUUGGAGAUGGAAGUGCAUAAAAAUCAUGUUGUCAAAUCUCAUUUUUGAAGGAGUUUUGUCUGUGAUGCCAUUUUAAACUUAGCAGUGUUAGGAGGAAAGAGGAAGGGCAUCUAUAAAAAUAAGAGAUUUUUCUCAUUGUGAGAGUGCUAGAGCAAUGAACCUGGCCAGUUCAAAGACUAGACUUUGAGAUUGACAGCAUUCCCUCUUUCUGUGUUCCAAUAUUCAGCUGAGCUUCAGUUGAAUACACUGUUGAGCAGUUUGAAGUACUGCUGCAGAAUAGAGUUUAUAUAGGCUAUCCUCAUGUAAUAUUUUUUUACCCUGCUUUAAUUCCAUCUGGAAACUUAAUGGAAAUUCAUCCAUUCCAAUUGAUGUAACUCUCCAUAUUUAUUAAGAGUCAAUACUGGCAAAUUGAAGUGUUCUCAGUCUUUAAUUUAGAUAUAACCUUAGUAAAUCAUGCAGUUAGGUACACAUAAGUAUUGUAGUCCAUAUUUUUUUGGCUGCAUUGGCAUUAAAUAUCUGAAAGUUCAACUACAAGGACCAGACAUGACUUUUGCAAGCACAGUUACUGACAUUUGUAUCUUGUCCCCCUUUUAAAUGGUUUGAGGAAAUUUUGUAUAUGGAGGAUAAAGUGCUUAUAUAUUUAUUAAAGAUCCUUUAUCUUAUUUGAAAUUUAUUAUUAUUUGGUGAAGAAGGGUUUUUUUCUUUGGAGGAGGGUUGAGUAGGGCAGAGGAAGGUAACUUUAACCUAUUGCUUCAAAGCCCUGGUUAAUCAUGCAGAAAGGUACUGUUAAUGACAGGAUGUCUCUAUCUUAUGCUUUGUACAUGACAAAUCCAUGUCUUACAUUUUGUUUCUAGGCAUCGGUUUUCAACCAAAACUUACAAAAAACAAAAAAACUGUGAUUUUAUUUGUUGCAAUACGUUUGAAAUAUCAAAGGGUACUUUGGGGCUCAAAAUUAGGAUUUUUAAGUCAGUAUGUGCAUUUCACGUAAUAAAGCUGUUAAUGGUGAGCAAAGUAUUAUAUACUAACUAGAUUUUUCCACAUCUGUAUAGUAUAUUCUAUGUAUUUUGUGGUAUUGAGAUUAUAGAAAGUUUAGUGUCUGAAACAUGCGUUUAAUGUGUAUUUUUAAACAAAUUUAUGGCAAUUAAAAUAUUUGGAGAAAAGGGUAUCACAUUUCAAUUUGUAAAGAUCUUUUUAACUACCGUGUCAUUAAAAUGCUUUGUACAAUGCAAAAUGUAAUGUAACUGGAGAAACUAAGUUUAAUAAAUAUGAAAUAGAUUUUCUGUAUUAAA